CACAGAUUCUGCCCGAAAGCUGGUUAAAUGCCGCCUCGGGUAGCACCUGGGGACCUCAGAGCUGGCUGUAGUCAAACCAGCUUUAACCUACCUCUGUGCUGCAGUCCAGAGAGAUGCUUAGAUGCCCUUGCUGUCCAGAGGACACUGAGCUUCUGCCUUUUCUGGAUAACAUAAUUCAAUCUUUACCAAAGAAGCAAAUUAAAAAAUAAUUAAUUGUAGUAGAGUGCUCCACUGUUUCACAUUCCGUUUUCCCUGUAGCUGCAUCUCCUUAAAACAGCACAAUCAUAAGGACAGCUUGGGGAUGGGCCUUGCCCCUCUUCUUCUAGAAAUCAUUUUCCUUGUAACCCUCUGAUCUGGCGCGUGGAGAGAGGUUGGGUGGGCAUCCUGCAUGAACAAACCCCAUCUCCCUGCUCUGUGACUCCAGUCGUAAGGAGCUGCCACCCACGAGAUGGGGGGGAAGGCAUUUCCCUGCUCCCCAGCCCGGUGUGUCAGUACGCUCUGCCUGGGUGACAGCGGAUUUCCCGGGACUAUCUAUAGCCAGCGGAGUGGCAGCUUUUCCACUGAUGUCACCCAACCUUGGAUUAGGCUCCUACCCAUCCAGCCCCUUAAGUCCUGUCCCACUGUGCUCUGACACGACUGCUGAGAGUCACUAGGGACUGUCAGCAGUCCUCCUGGAGCGGCAGACUGUAAAGGCAAAGCACAGGAGAGUUACCAAACUGAGAACACAGCUUUAUAGAGACAAACUACAUUCUCGCUUUGUCAUAAAUAAGCAUUUCCCACCCUCUGGCUACUCCUUUCCUGUUCUGGAGGGCUGUGGAAGCUGGGAACCAGGAGUGUUAAUGGAAAGGAGUUUUAUUUUACUUAUUUUUUAUUCAGAAGUUUAUUUUCUAGCAUGGCAAACAGGUCCUGCUGAUUGACUCACGGUUUACCAGAGAGCAGCCCUGCUGUAACAAGUCCUAGCAGGUGGUGAUCUGGCCUGCAAGAGCCGAAAAGAGGCUGAUAUCUGUCAGGUUCCAGGAGCAGCCUCCAGCUGGCAGAAUAGCCAGAGAUCAAGCUAUGGAAACAUUCCCUUUUCUACUAAAAGAGCCAGGAAAACCUGAAAUCCUGUUAUGGGAAGGUGAGAAACCCAACGAGGCCUGGGGAUGCCGAUACUUGUGCUGAUCCUUUGGUACAUUCUCUGGAGCAAGAAGAGAAAAUCGCAGGGGGAAAUAUGGGAGAAGGUAAAGAAGGGGAAGAUGGGGAGAAAUUACACAGAACGUGUUGUGGGGAGGGAUUGGAGGAAGCUGUAAAGUAUGUGGGAAGGAGAGACAUGUAGAGUUGUUGCCAACGUGGAGAACAAAAAUGAGAUUUGGAGAGGCAGAAAGCUUCUUUAAAGCUGAAAGGAAACUUCUACAUGAAGAAAGUCUGAGGUACUCACUAACAAUCCCUAAAAAUAGAAGAAAGGCUGCGUGUGAGAGGGAAAGUGAGGUAUUCCAGGCUUCGGUGUAACUUAAGGUGAACGGAUGCUUAAAGUCCUGCAGGGUGCUCGGCCAGGCUUGCAGUAACGGUGUGAGGGAAGGGUUGUCCUGGGGUGGAGUCACCGAGGCAAAAAUCUUGAAACCUAGAGCUGCUCCUGGAGUGGGACUGCCAUGAACCACUCGGGAAUUCUCCUACAUAGCACCUGAGGAGCUCCUCAGGUGCAGGAUAACCUGCUAUGAGGAGCCAGAAAACUGACCAAUUUCAGGACAAGGAAGGUCUGUGUUCAGAUGGGGCUGUGUCUCUGGCCUUUUAAUAAUUUUGACAUGAAUGCUCGCAAAGCUUAAAGCUGUCCUUUUCCCCAAAGAAGGUCAGGCUGAAACUUUUGCCAUCCCUCGGUUGCCCACAUCCUGCCAACAGUCCUUUGAGCCUUUCUAUUAGAAGAGCCAUUUCGAGUCAUUUAAUGAUUAGCCUGCAUCUGAACUUUAAAUUGAAACCAGCAGCUGCAAUUAAUGGAGCCCAUGCUACCUUCUGCAGGCUGCAACGGCCAGCAGGGGAAAGAGUGGAGGCUUGUCAGGCCUGCUAAGUAGAGGUGGCCGGCUUCCAGCUCUCAAAAGGAGGAGGUGAUGGAUGAGAGAGGGGGAAGGAAACAAUCUCAUACAAACAAGGCUCCCUUAGGGACAGCCAGCACAAGCUGCCACCGUGCAUGAAAUGCUUGGACAGGAUUUUCCUUCGUUUGAGGACUGGCCAUUUCAGUUGCAGUUUGUUCCCAGCGAAGACACGCAGGGCGCCAUGUCGCUGGCCUCCUGGUUCAGGUGGAACGAGCCCCCCAGCCGGAUUUCCCAGAGGAACCCCGCCGAGAUGGUGGUUGAGACGCUGAUGAUGGAGCUGAGCUGGCAGCUGAAGCAGGCGGAGAAGCAGCAGCGGGAGCGGGAGAAUGAGUAUCGCAAGAUCAAGACUGGGGUGGACUACGGCUGGCUGGUCAGCUAUCCAAAGCAGAGCUACGACAUCAGCCCGGGAGAGAGGCUGCAGCUGGAGGAUAUGUGCACCAAAAUACACCCCUCCUACUGUGGGCCUGUCAUACUCAGGUUCCGGCAGCUCAUUGCUGAAUACGAGCCAGAAGUGCAGGAAGUGUCCCGGCUCUUCCGCUCUGCCCUGCAGGAAGUGGCUGAGAAGAUCAAAGAGGAGGAAGAGGCCAAGAAGCUGGCCAGGCAGUGGAACACAAAGAACAAAACCAGCCUCUCCCUAACAACGUUUAAAUCCCGGUCCAGGAUUUCUCCGUUCAUCAGCGACAUCAAGACCAUCUCUGAAGACGUGGAACGGGGCACCCAGCCCACCAGGAGGGUUUGGAGCAUGCCCGAAUUUCGGAACACCAAGGAUUACUGACUCUGUACUGAACAAGGUUUUUAGACAGCAAUCUUUCAAACUCCCGGUUAACCCUUUUUUAGCUCCACCAUUUUUCUCUGUUCCAGCUCUCCCUUCCCAUCCGUCUCUCCCAGAAGCUGUGACCAUAGCAACUGCCGCUGACGCCCGUGGUGUGACAAUUUCUGACUAAACACGCUGGCCUUCCCUUUAAUUUAGUAGCACUCGGUAACCUUACGGGCAAGGCUCACUUACUGUCUCCUUUUUAUUUCUGCUUCCUUGUGGAAAAUGAAUUAGUUCUGUGCUGUCUCUGCUCCCUCUCCCCACAGCCUGGAUGUGGUUCCCUACUGGAGCUGUUGCCCUGAGCUGGUGAGCACUGCGGGCUGGAGCUGUCCUGCUGAAGGCAGGGAGGCUGCUUGCACGAGUAAGGCUUGCAAGAUUUUGGGUUUGGGAGAGUAGAACUGAACUUUCUUUCCAGCUAAGAACUCUUCUGAGUGCUGCAGCAGACUUCACAGGUAAAGCCCAGCACUGCUCCUGAUCAGCUUUUUGCUGACAAUUAGCAAUGCAGCCCAAGCAGAAAAAGAGCCAGGCUUUUUGAGAAGGGAGACCAGCUUUAUCCACAGCAACUGGUCUGUGCGUGCUCAGGUUCCUUGGCUGUUUGCUCCCUUGUGCAGGCAGAACCCCUGAACCUUGCCCCUGCAGAGCGGACAGAAGCAGAGCACGAGGGGUACCUCGGUGCUGCAUCACAAGCUGUCCUUGCCCCUUGGUGUGCCCUGCCCUGCCCCCCAGUAACAAGCCACGGGGCUGAGAUUAAUGGUUAUGGCUAAAUCUGAAAGUACUGAUAUCACCCAGGGGUGAAGGGAAUCAGCACUCAUCCAGGGCCCUCCUAGCACAGCUCAGAUCACUUCAAUAUGCUGCUGCUGUGAGCAACUGAAGGGCUGUUCCCUCGGUCUUCUCCUGAGCACUCAGCUGAGAGCUUUCCUGUGUCACAGAGUGAGGUGGUACCGUGACAGAAGCAGCUUUAAUGCAAACCCAGUAGUCUGUAGGCCAGCACCAGUUCUCCUGAGGCCUUGUGUAAACAAGAAAAUGCCACUGAGGAGAGCUUACUGGGGUCCUAGUUCAGCAUCCGCAGGGAAAACUCACCAGGAAAGGAAAGAGUGUCACAGAGUGACCUUCGUGGGUCCUGUAGAGAAGCCAAGGACUAGGAGGAUGCUUUGUGGUGGCCAACAGGAGAUGGGGAAGGAAGGAAGAGAGGAAUCUCCCUGCGUGACUGGCUUCUGGGGAAUCAUCCCAGUGGGAUCCAGCCUCCUGGAGGGCCCUCUAGCUUUGUUGUUCUUUUGCCUGCUUCCAGCUCCUUUCCCCGGGGAUCUUUGCGUCAGCACGUGGCUACUACAGCCAAGAUAAAAUCCUUUGAAGCCAUGCCAACUCUGGGAAGAAUUCCAGCACAUGAAAUUUAUCCUAGAGUAGAAAUGUGCAGUUUCUUUCAGAGAUGGGGGAGGGCACCAUAAAACAAAUCAAGAUGAGACCCUUCACAGCUCUCUGAAAGUCUGUGGGAUUCUGGCUCCUUCUCUUGGCUACCCAAGACUGAGCACGAGGCUUCCUACUAGCACCAGGCUGUAGCUUCUAGCCCCUUGGUGAAUGCUGCCACCAGCACCCCUCCUAGGGCCAGAGCAGAGACUUAUUUCUAAUCAAAAACUCAGGGCUUCCAAAUAGAGUUUGGGAUGGGCUAUUCCACCUCCAGGUCACUGAGGGAGAUUUAAAGCCUUGUGACAAUCAAUCAGCUUGGUGUUGUUCAGCUCUCUGUCCCUGUGAAGUCCUGGGAUUGUGUAUGUGAAGUAAAACAAAGGCUUGACACGCUUGGCACAGCCUUAGCUGCCUAAAAGCUGUGUGAUUUCUGCCAAGGGAUCACGAUUUGCAGAAAAAAAAUGUUUUGAAAAAAAGUUAGGUCUUGAAAAUACAUUUGCAAGCUGCGGAUGGUACUAAAGGCUGAGAUGAGGUCAUGAAUUUCAUGCUACAGCUCUGCAGUCAAUUUUUUUUUUUUAACUCACCUAUUUUGACACCUCCAGUAUUGAGUGCAUUGAUGGACUGCUGGGAGAGAAAGGCCAUUCUGAUCCAUCACCUCACCCUGUUACCGUACAGCGUCUGUGAUGUGUGCACUCUUUCCUAGGGAAAAUCAGGAGUACCUAACUUCCCUACACCCAGGAAAGCCCCUGAAGGCUGUUCACACACAGCGCAGCAGCCUGUGAUGGCGCUGUGUCCCUCAUUACCAACCUCAGCCAGCAGAUAGCAGCUUUACAGUCAGCACAGGGAGACAACUCUGACCUUUGGUCCAAGCCAUGCAUGCAUGGAGGCCAGGCUGGCAGUGCCUGUGAGAGCUGCCAUGCCCCCACUCACCUCUCAUCUCUAUUUCCACAAUAAAAUGUCACCACCCAAGCUUUCAGACAGUUUCACUUUCUCCGUGUACCUCUUCUGCAAGCUGCACGGGGCACACAGGAUAAAGGAAUGCUCAGGCACCAAGCGCUGAGGUUUAUAAUCUCACUACAGGCCCCUGAGUACCCCAGAGGUGUCAAACAAGCGCUGUGCUCACCCGCAGCCAGCUGGUACCGAAGCAGAGCUGGGGAGGGGGCUAGGACGCACUGCUGCACUGUGCUUGUAAUGCCUGUUUGUCUUAGCAAUGCUGUAUACUGACCUAUAAGUGAUCCAUUGGUCGCAGCAACAAAUAACUGCCCAUUUUGCCUUGUCCUAAUUCCCUGUUUUAUGUGGCUAGACGAGAAUUUUACUUUAAGUCAGGAGCAUGCAACUCCUGGUUGUCUCCCCUGCAGCACGGUGGUGCACAGCCCGGAGCGGGAGCCCUGCAGCGCUUUUGGAAGCUCCCCCAGUCAGGCUGCAGCUGCCUGCCCACCCAGCUGGGCUAACGCCUGGCUGAAACAACCCCCCUGCAGCUUGCAGUGUGAGCGCCGCGUCCUUACCAGCACCUGCACUAUGCUGCCCGCUGCUGUAGGCGUGCUCCUGCCCAGCUCUGAGGGACUGCGCUGUGCUGUGCCUCUCCUGGCAGCCCAGGGUCUUCACUCCUACAAAGAGCAGAAAGCGAAAUAGCAGCACAGCACCAUCAGCAACCCCCUGAGUGAACCAAGAAUCUCUCCAAAUCCUCAAUCAGUCUCAAAACUGUUUGAGAUUUUGGUGUCAGCCCAGAGUAUCCGACCUGAAGGGGCUGGCGUUCCUGUCACUGCUCCCUGCUGCAGCCUGCGAGGAGGUGCAGGAGGAGAGCGGUUCCUCGGCGCUACCAGCACGCGGUCAGGCAGCUGGCUCGCCCUGGGGAACGGAGCGCACGUCACAAGAAAUACCUGUCUGCCGAGAGCGCCCUGUUUGUACCUUUCCCCGGGGAACCUUAGAGAAUUAAAGCAAAGCUGUGAGAUGUAAAACAAA